ACCAAGGUCGAGCAGGAAGAGACGUUGGGGAGAUUAUGGCUCUCUAGGAAAUGCUAUUUGCGACUUUAAAAGGACCCUGACAUUCUUCCUUGUGAUGCGGAGGGGCUGGUAUCUCUAAAUUACGAGGUGCCGGCCCGUUCAGUGCUUGCACGGCGCCUAGACCCCUUGAGCUCCAGCACGGAAAUUCCAGGUGGCUCAACAGACAAAGAAUUACCACUCGACUGGUUUCCUUCCUUGAUCGAGCAUGACGACAUUUGGGAAGCCUGCGAUGCUUUCCUGGAGCAAGUUGAAAGUUCCUCAAGGCACCACUUCAACCUCCGAAGGACAAGAUACUCCAAAAGCAGCAGAGUCUCCGAAAAACUCACUUGUCCAUCCGAACACGACGGUAGUGGAAAGUGAAAGCGCUUGGCGUAGGGAGAACGACAGUCCCAGUCCCAGUGUCGAGGAACUCGUUUCUGACUUGGGCGCGUCUGUUCUCGGCUCAUCUAACCAAUCUUUAACAUCCAGCAUCAUCAACUACGUAUAUGAGAACGGUCGACGAUAUCACGCAUAUCAGAACGGCAAAUAUUGGCUUCCGAACGAUGAAAAAGAACAAGACAGAAUGGACAUGCAGCACCAUGUAAUAUUCAAGCUAGUCUUAAACGACAAACUUUUUCUCGCCCCAGUGCGUGAGCCAAAAAAUAUACUGGAUCAUGGAACGGGGACAGGCAUCUGGUCAAUCGAAGUUGGGGAUACAUACCCAAAAGCACAUGUUAUGGGCACAGAUUUGAGUCCGAUCCAGCCUACCUUUGUCCCUCCAAAUACAAAGUACGUCGUCGACGACUUCUCUCUUGAAUGGCUAGGCUAUUCUACCAAGUUUGACUUGAUUCAUUGCUCUCUUGGGAAUGCUUUCUCUGCCAGAGACUGGAAAUCCUUUCUUGUGGAAAGUUACUCGCACCUCACCCCAGGUGGAUGGGUUGAACUCAAGGAUAUCAACAUUGCUGCUAUGUCCCAUGAUUACAGCCUACCCCAAAUGAGCGCCAUCCGCAUUUGGCACGGCCAACUCCUCGAGGGAGCUGCUACCAGCAAAAUUAGCCUGCAAAUAUCUCCCGGCGAUCUUGAAGUGCUCUUCCAAGAAGCUGGUUUUGUCAAUGUGACAAUAAAAGAGUGGCCACUUCCAAUUGGCCUAUGGCCAAAAGACCCAGGGUUGAAGAAGAUAGGCGCGUUCCAGUCGCAAGUUAUCCAUGACGGCUUGGAGGCCUUCUCUCUCGCCAUAUUCACUAGGGCUUUAGGAUGGGACUUGAUCAAGAUCGAGAAGCUGCUGGAAGAGGUCCGGGAAGAGCUGAAUAAUCGCUCCUAUCAUUGGUAUUGGCCAUUCUUUGUUGUUUAUGGCCAGAAGCCGGAAGGACGCUAAGGGAAGAGCAAUGAUAUCAACUCUCAACCAACAACGUCAAAUUACGGGUUUACUCUUCCCGUGCCAUUAUUGCAACUUUAUUGCUCUGGCAGAGCCCCCGUAAGGGAGCAGAAACGGAUUCCUGGACCAAAUUCGGCUCUGCUUAGGCUUGGCUCAGGCCGCUCAGGCUCGGCUCCAGCAUGCUCACCCUCAGCUCAGGUUA